AACCAAUUUUAAAACUUCACUUAAUAAAAAAAACAUUUGACCCAAACUGACAUUGACUAGAAAAAAUUCUUAUAGCAAAUCAAACAUAAUCAUUGUGAAUAGUAGGAAAAAUAAAAUAAAAUGAGUACGAGUUUGAGUAUUGCUAAAUUAGCGAAGAUUGUGCGCGGCAGAACUAUGACACUGAUGCAUGAACUGACUGAAACAUACAGACCGGCUGCCAGCGUCCAAAAGGAGAGACUUAUGGAGUUGAUUAAAGAAAAAGCUGAAGCAGCAACCAAAUCUGAACUUGCAAAGAAACUGCGGCCCUUAAAAGGAUUUUAUACUUUGGAGAUGGCUCCACCCCGCAUGGCUGAAAUGGAUAAACUGCAAGCAGAUAUAGCCUUAGCAAAGGAAUUCUUCAAAAACAAGUGCUAUUACUACAUUACUGUAAGGCAGGCGUGGUUGCUAUUCCUGGUCUGUACCGAGGUAUUCUUGUGGUUCUUCCUGGGAGAAACUAUUGGGAAGUUCCACAUAGUCGGAUACUUGGUGUAGUCAUUAUCUUUUUUAAUACCUAUUAUAUUGUACCCACCUUGAUGUUUAUGCCAAGGAUAGGUAGUGAACUAUACAUUAUUAUUAACAAAAUAUAAAUACCUAUUGACCAUCAUUGCUAUUUUAGUUACAGUCAUUAAAAUAACACGGUUUGGUAGGCACUGACUUUGAAUCUGUUUUUGCUUUAACAUUGAUUUUUUUAUUGUUUUUAAAUAAAAACUAUGAGUGUACCUA